AUGCAGCCAUCCCCGCCUGAGUCAUUUCACAAUGGGACAUUUGAUAACCAGUUGUAUAUGAUGCCGCAACAACAUUCGAUGCAGCCACGUCACAUGCAAAGUAUUGGAAGUCAGCACCAGGAAGAGCGCUACUCGCAACAUCUACAAACAUUAUCAGAUACUCUGACUUCUGGAAACGUAAGCGAUUCUAGCAAUGCGGAAUCGCCUACUAUUCCAGGAGUCAGAGAGGUAAGCGGAGACAUGUUUCUGGAAGAUCCAGUUAUGCUCCGCCGUACAUGUAUACCAGUCGAAAGAACCAAGGACAAAGCCGAUAGGCUUUCCUACGAGUGUCUACAGCAAGUGCGCGGGAACCUUGAAGCGACUCUGCAUCCAACAAUAAACCAUUGGCUUACAGUUUUCGACAAAAUCGAAACUAUGACUUGGGGAGGUAAUGCCGAGAAGAGGAAUGCCGUGAUGGCGCAUUAUAUGAAGAAAAAUGGUUAUGAAAGCAGACAACACGCUUACAAUAGAGCUGUCAAUAGAACAGUGCGGGAAGUUACGAUGACAAAUGUCCCUGAGGUGCUGCGCAGCCUGCCGGAUGGAAGCACGUUCCUGCAAGUGCAAGAACCAGGUCUGCAUAUCUAUAUGUCGCAGACUAUUAUCAGGCGUGCUGUUUCGCACGAUCUUUUCGCGCUCGUUGGAGAGCAUCCACAAGAUUAA